AUGUCGGCCGAAAACGACGGCGUUCCCUCGCCCGACCAGCAGCAGGAGGCGCCUGCCGGCUCCGAGCACCUCAACAUCAAGGUGACGGACAACAACAACGAGGUCUUCUUCAAGAUCAAGCGCGGCACCAAGCUCGAGAAGCUUAUGAACGCGUGGUGCGAGCGCCAGGGCAAGAGCCUCACCUCGGUGCGGUUCCUCUUUGACGGCUCCCGAGUCCAGCCCACAGACACGCCCGAUGCUCUUGAAAUGGCCGACGGCGACACGCUCGAGGUGCAUCAGGAACAGGUCGGCGGCGCUGCUGCGUUGUAG